AUGAACAGUAGCAACUUCACGGGGUCGGUGGACAGCACCAUGAACUCUUCUGAAGUCUUAAGUAAGAUCUAUGCCGAUGCGAGAUUCAAGCAGUCUACUGCAAUCAUAGCGCUGCUCAUCUUUUCGUACGUCCUGACGUUUGCUCUGUGUAUCGUGGGGAAUUCCAUGGUCUGUUUUGUCAUCUUGAAGAUACCCAGGAUGAGAACGGUUACCAACUACUUCCUCCUGAACUUGGCAGUGAGCGAUCUCCUCGUGGCCAUCUUCUGCAUGCCAUUUACUCUUCUCGACAACAUCAUUAGGGGAUGGCCCCUAGGGAACGUGAUGUGUAAGCUAACCCCCGCAGUGACCGUGGUCUCAGUUGUAGCGUCAGUGUUUACACUCGUGGCGAUUGCAGUGGACAGGUACUACUCGGUUGUGCACCCCACGGAGCCAAAACCCUCGACAAAAACGCUGAUUCAGACUGUAGCGGUUAUAUGGGGACUCUCAUUCGUAAUAAUGAUCCCGCAGGUCCUUCUAAUUGAAGAGGGGGUAGUGUCCUAUAAGAACACGCUAUUCUUACACUUGUGUAUGGAGACGUCACCUCUAUGGAGCAAAGUGUAUAGUACAAUUAUCUUUCUCUGUUGUUACAUCGCGCCUAUGGCAGUAAUUGCUUGUCUCUACGCCAAAAUUGGCCACACAGUUUGGGCUAAACCAACCCCAGGAGGCGACCGGGCACCAAGAGAAAUCAAAGAACAAGAUUUUCGUAAAAAGAUCAAAGUCAUCAAAAUGCUAAUGGUCGUGGUUAUACUGUUUGCGUUUUCCUGGCUGCCACUCUCAUCAGAUGUGGCAGGCAGAUUUAUCGAUCGCCACACCCAUGUCAUGCACCUGAAGGAAGCAGAGAACAGUAAAUACAUCACAAAUGAUACCGGGGCUUAUCUACACAUCACGUUCUGA